CAAAGUGAAACGUGUCACGUUUGGGUUUAUAUUGAGUUCCGUGUUUUUCUUUUAUUUUGCAUCUCAUCCUUUUCUUUUUGUUAUCAGAUUCACUCUUUUCCUUAUUAGUCAAUAGAAUUAGCCGAGUUUGAAGAGAAAAUGGCAACUCCGAUUCGAUCCUUCGAGCUGAACACUGGUGCCAAGUUACCUUCGGUCGGUCUAGGAACCUACGCCUUGGUCUCGUCAACAAUCGAACAAGCAAUCAAGAUUGGGUACAGACACAUCGAUUGUGCUUCCAUGUACGGAAACGAGAAAGAGAUUGGUAGCGUGUUGAAGAAGGUAAUUGAUGAUGGUUUCGUGAAGCGUGAGGAGUUAUUCAUCACUUCCAAACUCUGGUGUAAUGAUCAUUUGCCUGAAGAUGUACCGAAGGCACUAGACAAAACAUUACAGGAUUUACAGAUUGACUACGUUGAUUUAUAUCUGGUACAUUGGCCAGUGAGUUUGAAGAAGGAAUCACUUAUCCCAACACCUGAAACACUCACAAAACCUGACCUACCAAGUACAUGGAAAGCAAUGGAAGCUCUCUACCACUCUGGAAAAGCAAGGGCAAUCGGUGUUAGCAAUUUCUCUUCAAAGAAGCUACAAGAUCUUCUUAACGUGGCCCAAGUAGUCCCGUCUGUUAACCAAGUGGAAUGCCAUCCAGUGUGGCAGCAAAAAAGUCUUCAUGAACUAUGUAAAUCCAAGGGGGUUCACUUAUCUGGUUACUCUCCUUUGGGCUCCCAAACUAAGGGAGAAGCAAGGCUAAAGGUUCUUCAGAACCAAAUUGUCGCCGUGGUUGCUGAGAAGCUUGGGAGGACCACCGCUCAAGUGGCGCUUCGUUGGGGACUUCAAAUGGGUCAUAGUGUUCUACCAAAGAGCUCGAGUGAGGCUCGACUCAAGGAGAAUCUUGAUGUUUUUGACUGGUCCAUACCUGAAGAUAUGUUUGUCAAGUUCUCUAACAUUCCACAGGAGAAAUUAAUUCGAGGUGUUGAAUUCGUGCAUGAGACGCUCGGCUUCUAUAAGACCGUUGAUGAGCUAUGGGACGGUGAAAUUUGAGAAACUUCAUCUAGGCGUGUUUAUUCUUGUUUGUUUUGUGGGAUUGUUUGCUUGCGAAAAAAAACAAAGGGGACAUGGAAAUAUAUUAAUCAUGUUAUACGUACAUGUAACGUGGUAUGAUUAUGGAAUUAUUGUAGAAACUACAUACAUCAGUUUUAAUAAAACUGUUUUAUAAUUUA